UCGUGCUCGCAGCUCUUUAACUUUCUGCUUCAGCUCCACGUUUGGACUGAAAAGAACUUUUAUUUUCAUCUACGCUCUCACACGCAACCGCGAACCAACGUGGUUUCGGUUUUAAUAUUCUCACUUGGCGGGACAUUCCCGGAGCAGACGAAGAAAUGUUAACAACUCUGCAGAGGUGACUGAUGGGUAACGGUCCGGGCAGCAUGCUUCAGUCUGCGUAGCACACAAACAGUUCAAGUUUACGCUGUUUCAGCGAUGGAUGUGACUUCUUGAGUGGCACUAAGAUUCAGUUUGACGCUCAUGUGUGCGCCCCGCUGUGCGCCAGGCUGGGGUUAGAUGGUGCUUAUCACGGACGACAGGGAUGGAGGAGGCGCUCCUGUCCGGAUCAGACAGAUCCACCAGCAACAGAAAGUCCAAGUCCACCCGACUAUAACCGAGCUCAACUCUGACGAGGACUACCUGGGCUCAUGUGAGGAGGAAGACGAGGAGGACGAUGAGGAGGAAGAGGAUGAUGAAUUUGAAGUAGUUGACUUCGAGGACUUGAGCGACAGUCGGAGCAUCGCCUCCGAUGACUCCUUCUACCCUCCUGAUGAUGCGUUCGCGGACUCGGAGCGCACUCCGUCUCCGGACAGCCCACAGCCGCUGUCCUUCUUCCAGGCGUGCUGCAGCAACAACGCGGCCAUAGUCAGGAUCAUGAUCCGGCACGGGGUGACGAAAGAGGAGGUCAACGAGGCAGACCGAAACAACAGGAUUGGGCUGUUGGUGGCGUGUUACCAAGGCUUCGUGGAUGUGGUCAUAGCACUCGCCCAGUGUCCAUAUCUGGAUGUCAACUGGCAUGACAGUGAGGGGAAUACAGCACUCAUCACUGCUGCUCAAGCAGGCCACAUAACAAUCACCAACUAUCUGCUCAACUAUUACUCUGGGCUGGAUAUUGAGAGGAGGAACUGUCACGGCUUCACGGCUCUGAUGAAAGCUGCCAUGCAGGGCCGCGUGGAGUGCGUGCGCUCGCUCAUGAUGGCAGGUGCCGCUCUGGAUUCCAGAGACUUUGGCCGCCAUUUCACUGCCAGGGAGUGGGCAUUAUUUACAGGCCGAUAUGAAACAGCAUGGGUGAUGACCCGGCUGAUGGAACGACCCUACCCUCGCCAGUACUGUGACACAUACAGUCUAGAGUGGCCCCCACUGGCAUCACAAGUGGCCAAAGCCCAGGAGCCUCGCGGCUGUCUGAAGCGUCUGUCUGAUACCGUACGGAACGUAUUCAACAUCGCCAAUGUCACCAACCCUGAGGAUGAAGGAGUCAUCGACCACAUGGUUUCCAUAACAACUGCAGUGAGAAGCCCUUUCAUCGCUGUGGCAUGCCAUACAGUCUGCCCUGACAGUCCCCCAAGUGUUGGCAAAAGGAGCCAUGCGGUCCCUGAGAUCAUCCGGCAGCAGCGUGCCAAAGAGCUCCGCUCCACCAACCCCAACAGAGCAGACAGCCACCUCAAACUCUUCCAGAACUCUCGGGUCACGCUGGUGGCUAAGCAUUCAGCAGACCGCCGGGCCAGCCUUCAGGCUCAGAACCUGGUCCCCCGACACAGGAGCUCCAGUCUUGGUGUCGUGACCUUCAGUGAAACUCUGGACCUGCGGAGGACCAGCCUGCUGCCUUUAAACAUGAUGCUAAGGAGGAGCAGCGUGAGGCCAGGAUUCAGCAUCCCUAAAGUGAGGGUGUCCAAGGCACCAACGCCUACUUAUGAACCAGAGAAGAUCCGCAGAAAGAGUAGCUGCAAAGAUGGAGGUGGGCACAUGCUGCAGAUCCCAAAGUGGCGCUACAAGGAGCUGAAAGAGGAGAGGAAGAAGGCAGAGGAGGCGGAGAGGAGGAGGCUAGAGGCUGUGACCAAGAGACACCUCACUGCUGGGAAGAAGAAAUGAAAUCACUGCCUCAGAGGAUGCCACGUUUACUAAAAGGAGAUAACUGUGCAGAGCAUUACGUUUAGUUUUGAUGUUUUCUCCCUGGGAGAUCAGGGUGAACCUCCUUUACCAGCAGUGUUUCACAUGGACCACAGGAGACUGAGGCUUUUUCAAAAAUGGUUUCCAGAGCAGAAACACACCUGCACGCUUAGUUUCCCAUAAUGCCGAGGUCAGACUACACAGAUCUUUUGUCUGUUAUGAUGCUGUUGUCAGGUGAUCACAGAGAACUUGUGCCAUGACUUGAUGACGGACUCCAUGGCUGACAAAAAGUUGGAUGAAUAGCCAUUAUUUUUAAUAGGAUUUAAUUGGUUGAUUAAAUUAGUUGGCAGAUUAAUCUGGGCCCAAGAAAUAAUCAAUAGUGGAAUAGAUCUCAGAUUAAUAAGGAGUAUUAAUAAUCGAUAGAAAUUAAUGAUCUCCAUCCCUACUCCAGUCUAUCGUAGUCGUCCCUCUUCACCACAUCAUAAAAGCAGGGAUGUUGUUGUCAGAGCUCGAUAAACAUUUCCUCUGUCUCAUAGUUCCAUAGCCCAGCUCGGACUUUAUUCUUCUUUCGCUCCACUUUGUUUAGGCUCAUGACUUUUGUUUUUUGUCUAUGCUGUCAUUGGCCAAUACUGAUACGAUGAAGCAAGUCAUAGAAGGUGGUAAGAAACAUUCAACUUAGUAGAGUGUUAGGAGUACAGUCCCAGAUAUGCCAGGGCUUUCGUUCACUGUGACACAGUUCACGCUGAUUUUUUAGAGCUGACGGGACCCAUCAACAGACAGGGCCUUAAUUGUGCCCAUAAUAUGGAGUCUGACCUCGGCAUAAGACGUGGAGAGACUGAUGACCAGGGGAUCUGAUACUUGAAGUCUUUGUAGCUAACUUAUUUUUUCAUAUUUAUUACUUUUAGAGGGGAUGGAAAAGUUUACAUUUUGUUACACGUUGGGUGUUUGCCUCCUCAGUUUUUUAUAUGACUGUAAAGAGCAGCCAGACUUUAUUAACACUGAAACAGCAGCAGAUAACUUUAUGAAUCUGCCUGGAAACAAAGGACAAGCUACAGACAUGAUGGAGAGAUGUUUUCAGUGGGGACACUGAUGGAUAAUGGACUAUGGAAGCUAAACACAGGCUUAGUGAGGAAUACAUGGAGCUGGGCAGCAAUGAUCUGAGACGCUUUUUUAUUUUGCUUUCUAAUGAAAAAUCCAAGAAUGUAUUUAGCAUACAUAUUUUGUAUUAGAUAAUGCUUUUUAAAGAUGUUUUUAAGUUUUUUAUCCACUAUGGACUUUUUCAUAUAUUGUUGUGUAAAAAUGAAGUUUUCUAGUCUUUUGCCUCUUUUUUAAAUCUUACCAGGGAUAAAAAAAAAAUGUCUUAGUCCUUCCCAAAUGUUUACAUUUAAAACCAAAUUAACACUGGCUUUAAUAGUGAUAAACUAAGGCUGGCUACACAUCAGGUGAUUUUCAAAUCCAAGUCAAUGUUGGAACACGGGACCACAAACUAAAGGACAGCUUCAGUUUCUUAUAUUACUAUUCUCCAAAUUCAGUCAUGCACAUUUAAGAAUAGUAAACAUACUUACAUCUGAAGGAUUUUUUUAACAUCACUUUGAUUUCUGCAUAAAUCUUGCCAAAUUAUCAUGUUUAUUUUGCAUUUAACUAAUUCCAUGCAUUUAUGGACAAAGUGGAAUAUAAAAAUUGAAAUAAUCUUACAAUAUUCUUUGUUUUUUGGAAGGCGACCCUCCUGGGGGUCCCAACCCCCAUGUUGAGAACUCAGCCAGACUGUCAGACUACACACUUGCAGUUUGAAGGAUUUCAUAGCAUAGAUUCCACAGAAAAGAUCUCAGAAAAACUCACGUUAUCAAAUGUGAUCUCAGAAGAAAAACAUAAGUAGAGGAGGAUGGUCAUCAGCUGGUUCUUGGGUGGGGGGAGUACAGGUAGGCUGAGAAGACAAGACAGUUGUUACCUGCCAUGUUUAGGAGCUGUAAAAGUAUGCCUCAUCUGGUUGGAGAUGCUUUCCUCUUUGCCUGUUCUCUUGGCUUUAUUCUGUAGGAGGGAGCUUGAUCUAAUAACUGAAAAUAUUUGAUAUUUAUUAGGGUCGUAACAGUGUUUGUAUUCACAGUUCAGUGCAUGUAGUCACAUGCCAAAUAAGUCAGGGGAAAACUCAGGGAAUAAAAAAAAUAAAUAAAUAUUACAGUAUUUACUGCCAGUACAGGUGGCAGUCAUGUUCAUUAGUGUUUGAUAACCGCUAUUAAACAACCAACGAAGAAGAGGAAUACACUAAGGAGACAAAAUACACAAAGAAGAAAAGUUGGCUUCUGCAGAGCAGGGAGACCUGCUAGGGUUUUCUCACUUAUCUCCGCGCUGUUUUUAAAAAGACUCUGGAUGUGAAAGCAGAGUGUGUUGAAGAUAUUACAGAUGCUUAUACAUUUUUAAAGGCUAUGCACGAGUAACCCCUGCACCGGCUUUUUACGAAUGACGUGAAUAAUAGAUCUGAUACACUGCUCUAAAAUGCAUGUAUUUAUUUUCAUUGUUUCAAAUCAGGAGAUAUUUUAGGCUGCUCGUUUCUGUGUUGCUUUUUAAAAAUUGUCCUCUUUUUUGUCUCAUGUCUAAUCCAUCACAGGCCAUACCAACUAUCACAGAUAGCUCUAUCUGGAUUAAACAAACUCUAAGCUAAUGUUAGUUUAAAAAAUAAUAAUUUGGGGAAACCUAGAAUUAUAAAUCUGGGUCUUUUGGUUCCUUUUUUAUAGAUAACCUAUACUGAACUGUGGCCUCUGUGAAAUGUUACACCCCUAAUAUUUAUGGUUUCAAAUUUGGCUCUGACUUAAUUGGGUAAAGUUCAAUAUUUAUGUUGACAACAAACUAAGGGGAUUAUUUGGACAUCAACUCUUAAAAUUGGACCAGUCCCCUGAUCUAGGAGGGCAAACUGGGCCUAAAACCCCCACUAAAAUUCUCUAAUGUGAAGCCAGCCUUACAUAGUGACUGAGUUGGGCGUAUACAUGGAAUGGAUGGUGUUAAAAAUAAAUAA